CGGAGGAAGUCCCCCGGUGCCAGGAUCUGCCCGGGAUCCUAGGUAAUCAGUGCAUAAUUGUUGAAGGAGUGAUUCAAGGCUUAUUAGGACUGACCUAGAAAGAUGGACAAGGAGCUACGUCAAGCGAGUGAAUUGUCCAGAGCCAUCCAGGAGGAUUUGAAGGAGUUGGCAUUUUCCAGCCAGGGAAGUGGAAGGGCAUAGUGCUUCCAGUGGAAAGAGCUAGGAGAAUCAAGGCUCUGUCUGGCUGCUCUAUGACCCCUGGUUCCCUGUGGUCGGGGUCUGAGAAGGCUUCCCCUCCACCCACCCACACACCUCCGUAGGCGCCCCGCUUCCGCCGGCACCAUGGACAGCGAGGCAUUCCAGAGCUCGAGGGACCUUCUGGACCUGAACUUCCAGUCUCUGGCCAUGAAGCACAUGGACCUGAAGCAGAUGGAGCUGGAUACAGCGGCGGCCAAGGUGGACGAACUGACCAAACAGCUGGAGUCGCUGUGGUCAGACUCGCCCACGCCUCCCGGCUCACAGACUGGAGCCCCCCCUAGGCUGUCCCGGUACAGCUUCAGCCCGGUCCCCGAGCCCUUCAGCAGCCGCGGGUCUCCCCGGAAGGUGGCCACCGACGGCGCAGACACCUCGUGACGCUCCGAGAGCGCCCCGGCUUUGCACCCCUACAGCCCGCUGUCCCCGAAAGGCCGGCCCUCGUCACCGCGCACCCCGCUCUACCUGCAGCCGGAUUCCUACGGCAGCCUGGACCGCGCGCCCUCGCCCCGGCCCCGCCCCUUCGAUGGCACAGGCAGCCCCCUCGGCCGUGCGCCCUCCCCGCGGCCCGGAUCGGGCCCGCUCCGCCAGCAGGGUCCCUCCACGCCCUUCGACUUUCUGGGCCGCGCUGGUUCCCCGCGGGGCAGCCCCCUGGCCGAGGGGCCCCAGGCCUUCUUCCCCGAGCGCGGGCCCUCGCCUCGCCCCCAGACUUCAGCUUAUGACACGCCCGUGGCCUUUGGGAGCCCCCUACUGGGCGCGGGCGGUAGCGCUUUCGCCCCACCUCUGCGCGCUCAAGACGACUUAACGCUGCGCCGGCGGCCCCCCAAAGCCUGGAAUGAGUCUGACCUGGACGUGGCAUACGAGAAGAAAUCUUCACAGACAGCGAGCUACGAACGCCUGGACGUCUUCUCGCGGCCUGCUUCGCCAGGCCUGCAGCUGUUACCCUGGAGAGAGAGCAGCCUGGACGGGCUGGGGGCCACCAGCAAGGACAACCUCACCAGCGCCACUCUGCCCCGCAAUUACAAGGUCUCCCCUCUGGCCAACGACAGGCGAUCUGAUGUGGGCAGCUACCGCAGAUCACUGGGCUCCGCGGGGCCAUCAGGCACUUUGCCCCGCAGCUGGCAGCCUGUCAGCCGCAUCCCCAUGCCCCCUUCCAGCCCCCAGCCCCGCGGUGCCCCGCGCCAGCGCCCCAUCCCCCUCAGCAUGAUAUUCAAGCUGCAGAAUGCCUUCUGGGAGCAUGGGGCCAGCAGGGCCAUGCUCCCUGGCUCCCCCAUCUUCUCCCGAGCACCGCCGCCUAAGCUGCCUCCCCAGCCCCAGGCACCCCCUCAGCCUCAGCCACCCCCUCAGCCCCAGCCCCAGCUUCCUCCCCAGCCCCAACCCCAACCCCAACCACAGCCCCAGCCUCAAACCCCUGCCCCUCAACCUCCCCAACAGACUUGGCCCCCUGUGAGUGAAGGCCCCCCCAAGCCUCCCCCUGAGCUGGAGCCUGAGCCGGAGCUCGAGGGGCUGCUGACGCCAGUGCUGGAGGCUGGUGAUGUAGAUGAAGGCGCUGUCACCCGGCCCCUCAGCCCCACGAGGCUGCAGCCAGCACUGCCACCCGAGGCACAGUCAGUGCCCGAGCUGGAGGAGGUGGCACGGGUUCUGGCAGAGAUACCGCGGCCCCUCAAACGUAGGGGAUCCAUGGAGCAGAGCCCCGCUGUAGCCCUGCCCCCCACCCACAAGAAGCAGUACCAGCAGAUCAUCAGCCGCCUCUUCCAUCGUCACGGUGGGCCUGGGGGGCCUGAGCCCGAACUGUCCCCCAUCAGUGAGGGAUCCGAAGCGAGGGCAGGGCCCCCUGCUCCUGCCCCACCAGCUCUCCUCCCACCCCCAGCCCUGCCCCAGAUCAGCCCGCCAGAGCAGCUGCAGAGCAUGGAGAUGCGCUCGGUGCUGCGGAAGGCGGGCUCUCCGCGGAAGGUCCGCCGCGCGCGCCUCAACCCGCUUGUGCUCCUGCUGGACGCCGCGCUGACCGGGGAGCUGGACGUGGUGCAGCAGGCGGUGAAGGAGAUGAACGACCCGAGCCAGCCCAACGAGGAGGGCAUCACCGCCCUGCACAAUGCCAUCUGCGGCGCCAAUUACCCCAUCGUGGACUUCCUCAUCGCGGCCGGCGCCAACGUCAACUCCCCCGACAGCCACGGCUGGACACCGUUGCACUGCGCGGCGUCGUGCAACGACACGGCCAUCUGCACGGCGCUGGUGCAGCACGGCGCAGCAAUCUUCGCCACCACGCUCAGUGACGGAGCCACCGCCAUCGAGAAGUGCGACCCCUACCGCGAGGGUUACGCUGACUGCGCCACUUACCUGGCAGAUGUGGAGCAGAGCAUGGGGCUGAUGCACAACGGGGUGGUCUACGCCCUCUGGGACUACAGCGCGGAGUUUGGGGACGAGCUGUCCUUCCGCGAGGGCGAGUCGGUCACUGUGCUGCGGAGGGACGGACCCGAGGAGACGGACUGGUGGUGGGCCGCGCUACAUGGCCAGGAGGGCUACGUACCCCGUAACUACUUCGGGCUCUUUCCCAGGGUGAAGACUCAGAGGAAUAAGGUCUAGCUGCACAGAAGGACGUUGCCAAGGGAGGCAGGAGGGAGCAGCCCUGCCUUUGCCCCAGACCUCUUCCUCAGUAACUGCUGCAUCUCUUUGGGCCCCAAGCCCUACAGGGUUGGGGUCCUCACCUCUAGCUCUCUGCUUCCCUGGAAGCCCAAGGGAGAAGGAGAACCUCAGCCUUGCAUUUAGAAACUGCCUUAGCCACGGGAGAUCACCUUGAGGCUGGGAAUCAUUGGAGGCAAGAGACUCCCCCACCACCUUCCUCCAUUUCCAAAUCAGAUCCCGUCCAAAGUGCCUCCCACUCCUACUGCCAACCCCUCCCACCCCUUCAAAACAAGCUAACACACCAUCCUAGGGGAGCCUGGGAUGUGUCACCUCCACUGGAUUUCCCUGGGAGUCACCUCUGCCCCCAUCUCUCCAGGGCUGGGCGAGACACCCUGGUCUCCCACCUCUCCCCAGUCAAGUGCCUUCACCCAGUGCUGGUUUUAUAACCAAAUGGGGACAUUUUUCCUUAUAAAUAAAGGUAGUUUGCACCAAAAUUGACUUCCCUCUCUUUGGAUCCCCCUCUGACCUAAUAAGUGCGCAUCACCCUUACGGAUUUCGACAAACCAGUUUUAAGGAAGCCCCUUUCUAAGGGAUUUCUGUCAUGUAAAUCCAAUACUUCUUCCAAACACACCUGUUUUUUGUGGGGGUUUUUUUAUGGGGGGAGAGGGGGUUUUUUGUUUUUUGUUGUUUUGGUAGUGUCUUGAUCUUUUUUCAUGUUUUGGAUUCUUCCUUUAUGUCUUUAAACAUUUUAAGCUUAUUUUAUAGUAUAUGUAUGAUAAUUCUAUAGUCUGAAGUUUGGGGCCAUCUACUUUUAUAAUUUGCUGUGUCUGCUGGUUCUCACUCAUGGUGGAUUUUUUCCUCGUGUGUGUUGAAAUUAUGGAUUGGGAGACCGUCUUCAACAAGGCUUUAUCUUCCCGAAAUCCAGGCGGCCUUGUUGAGGGUGUGACCCUGAAGAGUGACUUUC